AUGUAUAUAUGUAAAUCAUCUCAUGUUGGUCUACGUCAAUUAGCAUCAAAUUGUCUCACCAGCUUGAUUAAACAAGCUAUUGCUGCUCCACAGAAUCCACCAUUUUGGCAGAAUGAAGCAUUAACUAUUAAAGUACUGGAUCCAUUGACUGCUUUAUCCAAUGAUAUUGUAUACGAUGAUGUACGUGAAGUACAACUUGAAUGUGUUCAACAAUUACUCCAUUGUUGGGGUGAACAAGUACGAUCUAGUUGGUUACGAUUAAUUGAAAUCAUUGGAGUGAUACGUGAAAGUUAUAAGAUAGAUUUAAUUCAAACAUCAUUCAAAUGCUUCAAAUUGAUUGUUACGGAUUAUUUGUCAGCUUUACUGCCCAAUUGUUAUUUAGCUUGUGUAGAAACAGCAGCACGAUUUGGUCAUCAAAAACAAGAUUUGAAUAUCGCUUUAGCGGCCGUUGGAUCUCUUCUUCAUUUAGCUGACUUCUUCAUGGAGGAGAAGAAUAUUCCGCUUAGUCUAACUGAUUCAGAUAAUUCUGUUAUUGAUUUGAAAGACUUAUGGAUUUGUGUUUUCCACAAACUAGCAGAUUUAUGUUUAGAUCGUCGACCAGCUGUUCGAAAAUCUGCUUGUCAGACAUUAUUCAACACAAUAGAAUGUCACAGUGAUCGAUUCGAUGAAGAUACAUGGUCGUCUCUUUUAUGGAAGAUAUUAUUUCCUUUAUUAUCCAAUGUUCACAAUUUAUAUGCAAAUGCACCGGUUGAAAAAGUUGGCGAUAAACCGAAUAGUCUAUUAAUUCAUCAUAGUCGUGAUACAGCAUCGAAACAAUGGGCUGAAACAGUUGUCCUCACCUUAUCUGGUGUCUCGCAUUGUUUCAUAUCAAAACAAUCACAAUUAUUAAAAAUUAAUGAUUUUACAAAAUUUUGGCAAUUACUAUUGGAUCACUUAAAGGUGAAUGCAUAUAUGGAUAGUGGGGAGAUAUCAUUAGCUUCAUUAAACUGUAUGCAAGUUCUACUGGAAUUACAAAUUUCGUCGUCAUCCUCAAUGUCAUCCUCACCAACAUCAAGUUUAUCGCCUAAUUUAAUAUGGUCUGCAUAUUGGGAAACUUGGUUACAAAUAGGCAAACGAUCAAUUGCUUUUGUUCAAUCUAAUUGUAAUUCUGACAUUGCUAAUGAUAGCAGUAAUUCUAUUAUACAUAAUAAAGACGCUUCAGAACGUCUUAAUGGCAACAGUAAUAACAAUGUUAUUGACGAAAAUAUUCAGAAAAUUAAUCACCCAUCGUAUAUAUUUCUUCCGAGUACAUCGUUCAUUACACUCUACUUUGAUUUAUUCCUGCCAAUAUUUGAUCACAUCAAAGUGAAUUUCCAUGUUAAAGAUUUUGAUCGUUUAGAGGAAUUAAUUCAAAUCGGUGUAUUAAUUCCAUUGUAUGUCGCCUGCCUAUAUCCUAGUUUAUCUUCGAUGACAUCACAAUCAUCAACAAUAAUUGAUGAUGGUAUAUUAAAUUCACUACAAGAGUCAGUAUUACGGUGUUUAAAUUGUCUUGUUCAGCAUUUUAGUUCUGAACAAAAUAAUAAUAAUAAUGAUCAUAACAAUAGUUCAUCAUCGUCAUUGCUUCCACGUGUUCUUCAACUGCUUCUUACAUUGACUGGUUAUGCUGUUCAAAUCCCUAAACUAGAUCAACUAAAAAAUCAUAGACUUGAUGUUGUCCCACUCAAUUAUAUUGUCUUCGCUGAGAAAUCUUUACUCAUUGCUGUGGAUUUAUAUCAGACAACUGCUGCAUGGCCUGAAAUGUGUCGAGUUGAAAUCCUUGAAUCAAUAAUUAAGACAUUACAUCAGCCUAUGGCAUUGAAAUAUGCCUGUCCAUCUCAAACCACAUGGAUAUUAGCCUGUCGAUGCUUUUUUCAAGUAAUUACAGCUGGUAUUAUCGUGAUAUCAAAUAAAUCAGUGAAUAUUAAAAGUAAAACAUCCGUAAUGAUGAAUAAGAAAGAUUCGGUUGCGUAUACUUCGUCUAAUCAUGCUUUAUGCAAACAAAUUGUGGAUACUAUUCAAGAUUUUCUUUUCUGUCAAAAUCAACCUCCGUCAUCGCUAUCCAUUGAGGAGUUUCAACUUCAUGAAGAAUUAGACUGUAAAUUUGUCGAUUUAAUCAGUGAUUUAUUCCUGUCAAAUCCUGCACAACUACCAGAGUUCUUUAUUAGCCGACUAAUUAAUAUACUCAGUGUUGGCUCUGUCCAAUCAGCUGUACCUGUCAGUAUCACCAAUAAUGAAGGCGAUAACAAUACUCCUAGUGGUGAAGAUGCUGAUUUGAUGAAUGGAUCACAUCAGUUGAAUUCAUCUUUUGAUCACUCCGACAAUAAGUCAACAGCGCCUACAACGAUGCAUUGUCAGCCAGCUGAAUUGAAUAGUGAAGCUAAAUUCCCUAAAGGUGGAUUAGGUCGUGCUGUGCGUCAAAUGAACUUUUUAACCACUGAAUUGCCUCAAGAUCCUUUGAUGAAUGAAUCACUCGCUUGGGAUAUUGAUUUAGAUCGUUUAAGACAAUUGAGUUUUCGUGAAAAAUUUGCUCGUUUAUGCUUUAAACAUCAACAACAACAACAACAAAUACGAUUAGAUAAUAAUUCAAUUGAUGAUAAUACUAACAAUUAUAAAGUAAAUGCAAUGAAUACAAGUUUUUCUCUAAUGGUUAGCAAAACAGCUGUACGUAGCAUUUUGCAACGAUGUCGUCUGGUAUUGAUUAAAUUCUAUCAAGCUUCACGACUAGUUGGCAAGUGUCCAUUACCUCGUGCUCGUUUGUCCGAAAUCAGUUAUGUAUUCAAGGCAUUGACAGUUAUGCUGACAUCACUUCAGUCUGUCCCAAUCCAACAAGACGUAGAUGAUUCAAUCUGGUCCAGUGUUAUCGAAUUAUAUCCGCAUAUUGUUGACUGUGUCCUCGUCGCUGGGGGAAGUAAUCAAAUGGCAUUAGCAUUGCAUCAUCUACUACGGUUGUAUGGGGAAUUUCUGGCUCCGUUACAUUUGGCCACAGGAAAUGCUAAUGAUACUACUAAUAAGCAAUACAAUAAUAGUAGUAGUAGUGUCCAGAAUAACAUUAACAGCUUGAAUUAUUCGAAUGACAUCUCCACUAGCAGCAGUAUGCAUCAGAAUAAACCAACAUCUUUGAAUGGAAUUUAAUGAAUUUUGAAGUGAAUGUUUUUUUAACCCCCUACCGCCUCCACACACACUUUCUUUUAAUUUUUACAUUUUUUCAUGUGAUAAUUUUUGUUUAUAUGAGGCUGUGGCAUGGGAAUACUUUGGUUUCUCUCUCUCUAUCUCUUCUUUGUGCUUUUUUUAUUAAAAAAAGAAACACAGUUAUUUAGUGGUUCGGUUGCCUCUCUCUUCCUCUGUUGUUCUUUUUUUU